UACUAAUUAACUGUUUUCAUUUGUAGAGCAAAGAUGCAGUUACACAUCAGAGGUGAACACACGACUGUUGUCGAGUCGCAUGAAAAUGAGACUAUUGCAGAAAUAAAGAAUAAAAUUAUGCAGCUGGAGGCAGCAGCGAAUCUAGAUUUCAAUCUAUAUUGUUCAGGACGUCUAUUAUCGAAUGAAGAUGUAGUUGGAGAACUUGCAUCAAAUUCUUUAGAAUUAACAGUUUCUCUUCCUGGUGGUAAAGUGCACGGGUCUCUAGCUCGUGCUGGCAAAGUAAAAGCUCAAACCCCAAAGGUUGAGAAGCAGGAAAAGAGUAAAAAGAAGACUGGGAGAGCUAAAAGACGAAUUCAAUACAACCGAAGAUUUGUCAAUGUUGUUCAAACUUACGGCCGGCGACGUGGACCAAAUGCUAAUCCUAACUCGUAAUUGUAUAUACAUAUACAUGUUUUCUGAUCAUGAAAAUAAAUUGAAAAGCUAAA